GAAGUCACGCUGCUGGAGCGAAAGGGGAAAGCUAUCCACUUACAAAGACACCCGAUAUCACUCGCAUGGCGCACGGGUAACCUGAUCAGCUUUGGGCAGAAACGAGGCGGGGUGACGGACUAAAGGAAUCUGAGGUGAAGAAUAAAAACAAUGUCUGUUUCCUCCAGUGAAGUGACAGUGGCAGGCGAGAUCAAAAAAGAAAAUGUGAAGUACACGGAGCCUCACGAGAGCUCCACGGACAGUCGGGGGCACGUCAAACUCCUGGCUCUGGACACUCCGGUGGCCACCGGGAUGCUCGUCGGGCAGACCUCUCCAUCGGAGCGCAAGAUGCCCACUAUGGACUCUUUGUCUGCGCACACUUCACCCGUAGCGACCGCGACCUCUUUGGCUUUUUCACCGGAGCAGGUUGCGUGUGUUUGCGAGGCUCUUCAGCAGGGGGGCAACGUGGAUCGACUCGCCCGGUUUCUGUGGUCUCUCCCGCAGAGUGACUUACUGCGCGGUAACGAGAGUAUCCUCCGCGCUCAGGCGCUGGUGGCCUUCCACCAGGCGCGCUACCAGGAGCUUUACAGCAUCUUGGAGAGCCACAGCUUCAGCCCGUCGUGCCACUCUGCCCUGCAGGACUUAUGGUACAAAGCCCGGUACACGGAGGCGGAGAAGGCCCGCGGUAGACCGCUGGGCGCAGUCGAUAAAUAUCGCCUGCGACGGAAGUUUCCCCUGCCCCGGACCAUCUGGGAUGGAGAGGAGACGGUGUACUGCUUCAAAGAGCGCUCCAGGAAUGCUCUGAAGGACCUCUAUAAGCAGAACCGGUACCCGUCCCCGGCCGAGAAGAGGAACCUGGCCAAGAUCACAGGGCUGUCCCUCACACAGGUCAGCAACUGGUUCAAAAACAGAAGGCAGAGAGACAGAAACCCGUCAGAGGCGCAGUCCAAAAGUGAGUCAGAUGGGAAUCACAGCACAGAGGAUGAGAGCAGUAAAGGUCAGGAGUCUCUGUCCCCGUGUCCGAUGUCCACCUGCAGUGAUGGGACCGUGGGUAAUGCAGUCGUGUCCCUCUGCUCUGGAGCUCUGGAGGCCGGGGUCAUCGUCCAGCAGGUUGGAGACAGCAGGAACUCUGUCUCGCCACCAUCUGUCAUCUUCAACGGAGUCUCAGUCAACACUCCCACCUCUGUUUUCCACAACGGCACCCCUUCAUUUCUCUCCACCACGGGACAUGUCCUCUUCAGCGGCAUGAACUUAGGGCUCCAGUCUCUGACUUGCAGAUCAGCAGCAGAUGUGGAGAUGAAUGGUGCAGGAGAGGAUAAACCGGUAAUGGCAGACCCUGCGCUGGCGUACACCUCGUUUCACUGUACUGUGAACGGGACCGACGUAGAGGUGAAAGCUGAGGAUGUGAGGCAGGAUGUGUCGGUGCAGGACCAGACCACGUCUAUUAGCUCGGCGUUCAAUGUGACUCCAUCUGACGGCUUGCAGCUUGAAGGUUACAACUUGGUUUCUGAAGGCAACAGGACCUCGCUGCUCAGCAACAAGGUGGUACUUCCUUCCUUGCAACUCUCAUCAUCUUCUUCACCCUCAUCAGGCGUUGUUGAUGGCAGUUCUCCUGCUCCCACCUCUCUGUGCCACAACCAGGUGGAGCAGCAGGACAGGCUGCAGCUGACCUCUCUUGAGCCCAGCACAGCACUCUACAGCCUGGCUAGUGUACACGCUCUGUCUGCUGUAAAGAAGGAACCUAUGGAGACUGCUGGUGGAUACCUUUACCACCUGGGUUACAGUCCUGACCCCACCCACAGCUCCCCCACCUCACUUAACACAACCUCCCAAGACUACACCACUCUCACAGUGGCCCAAACGGACCUUAGCGGUGAGUUCAGAGGUCAUGACGCCCAGAUGACCUCAAACCUAAAUGGAGACUUCCUAUGUGCAAUUUCAGAGGGAGGGAAGGGCGAGAUGAGAGAAAUGGAAGAUGAAGGGAAAAACAACUGACAAAACUAAAAACGGUGCAUAUAGAGGAAGAGAUGACUGACCUUUGAAUAUAAAUGGAGAAGGAGGUAAAAACACAAUAUUAUUUUGAAAUAUUGAUUGAGGGUUUUUUACGUUUUCAGCCUCUGAAUGUUUUGAUUUUUCUUUUUAAGUAUUAAAUUAUUUUGGCGUAUCUGUCAUUUGGUUUGACUCCAGUUUAGUUUGGAGAAUAUAUGCAAAGUCACAUUUGGAGAACAUGGCUUUUGAAAGUGUUUUAUUCUUUCUUUCCAUUUCCAUGCACAGGUACCUUUUCAGCUCUAUCAGUAUAACAGAGGUUUUCAAACUGGGGUCCAGAGACCCCCAAAGGUGCACAAGAGAGUGCUAGGAGGCCCAUGAACAUUACAUUAUUAUUGUUUAAUUCUGGCUGAAAAUCCAAAGAUUAAUUAAAAUGUAUAUUAAUUUGUUAUUUUCUAACAAACCUUAUAUGCAGAAAUAGGAAACAGAGCAUACAUAGAUACAAUUUUAAACAUACUUAAAUAUAUAUUUUUAUUGUUUACAGUAGAAAUUGUGUCUUUCUAAAAAAAAAAAAAAAAAACAUAGCUGCCUUUUUUGUAUUUUAGUAAUAGUCUCCCUAGCUAUGGCAAUAAUCAUUUGGGACUCAAAAAGUUUGAAAACCUCUGGUAUAUUUCUCCAUAUUUCCUCCAGGCCUAUAUUUCUUCCAUCAGUCAUUUCAUAACAUCUGAAGUGUUUACAUGCAUUUGUGAACUACAAGUACCAGACCGCUCUCAUUUUCCCUCCGUCGCUCCCUCUGUCUCUCUUCCUCUCACAGUGGGGAGUGUGGACGUAUGUGUGUGUUUUAUGAGGCUCACCUGCUAGUUUCUGCCAAGAAGAGCUGAGUUUAGCAGACAGGUGGACGUCUGGUCAUGUGUCGUCUGAGUCAGACCUUAAAGGUCACCUCCCUAUGGAAACACACAUGCACAGACACACUUCGUUCACAUGCAGAUUAAAUCUGUGACAAUCUCUGUGGCAUUGUCAUGGUCAUUACAUUGCCUACAGCUUCGGGUCGCUUUAAUUACAUAGGCAAAUAAUAUGUAUUGUAGACAAUACAAAUAUAAAUACAAAUACACAAUGUUUGCUUAUACAAAUUAAGGGAUGAGUCAGAAUGGUGGUUGGCAAUCGAAUGCUGUAACAGCUGUAACGACCGUCAAAGUUUAGACUAUUGUCUGUGUGCAAAAUAUGCUUAUUACUUGUUUCAUUUGAAAUGCACUGUUUUCGGACAGAAACGUGGAUAAAUAUUCAGCUCUUUCAAAAGUGAAAACGAUUGUUUUCAUGGAAGAAUUUGAUUAAACUUAGCAGCUGUGUUACAAGCAUCCCUGCAAGCAUACAAUGAGAACUUGCUGUCAAGACUAAUAUCACCUGAAAAGCAAUAACAAGCAAGAAGAAAAUCAUGCUUUUAAUUUCUACUGUACGUUAAGCCGACAACAUCUGAGAAGAAUGUUAUUGGUUUAAUGUGCAGUGUAUUAAAAAACAUGUCAGUACAGUUGUAAAUGUGAAAAAACUUUAUAUGAUUGUGUAUGCGAGUGAAUUGUAUGUUUGUUAAUGGAAGAGCGUGUGUGUUUUUGGUUACAGUAGUUUGUUUUUUUGCGCAGCCUUGCUUUCUAAGGCUCAAUGUUUAGUUGGUCUUCAGGUUACCUGUCAUUUUUUUUAAUUGUUAUUGGUGCUGGUUUGACAUCUGCAGUAUUUAACUCCAUGACAAAAGCUAUGCAGCCAUUCUGGGAAUGAGAAAUAACUUUUUGAAAUGAAUGAAAAGUCUCGGUAAGGAUUAUCAGAAAUGAAAAAGAUACCGGUGUGAAAUGAGCUAAACGCAAAACAGCCUUGUGAAUAAUAUUUUAGCAUGAACAAAAAUGUUAAAGUUAUGUAUUUUUCUAAAAAAAAUAAAUAAAUAAGAAGCACAAAAAAAGUGAUUCAUUAAAUAUUUAUACUGGAAAAA